AUGGAAGGGCCCAUCUGGGGACUAGCCACCCAUCCAACCCGGGACUUCUUCCUGUCUGCUGCGGAGGAUGGCACUGUACGGCUGUGGGACAUAGUGGAUAAGAAGAUGCUAAACAAGGUGAACCUGGGUCACUCUGCACGUUCCGUGUGCUACAGCCCUGAGGGUGACAUGGUGGCCAUUGGCAUGAAGAACGGAGAGUUUAUAAUUUUAGUUGUGGCCUCCCUAAAGAUCUGGGGCAAGAAGAGAGAUCGGAGGUCUGCCAUUCAGGACAUCAGAUUUAGCCCAGACUCACACUACUUGGCGGUGGGUUCCAGUGAGAACGCGGUUGAUUUUUAUGACCUCACCAUCGGACCCUCGCUGAACCGAAUCAGCUACUGCAAAGACAUUCCCAGCUUCGUGCUGCAGAUCGACUUCUCCGCAGACAGCCGCUAUGUUCAGGUCUCCACCGGGUGUUACAAGAGGCUGGUCUAUGAAGUGCCUUCAGGAAAACUCCUCACGGAACAAGCUGUGAUUGACCGCAUCACCUGGGCUACCUGGACCAGCGUCCUGGGUGAUGAGGUGCUGGGAAUCUGGUCCAGACACAACGACAAGUCGGACGUGACGUGUGCAUGCGUCUCUCACUCAGGGAUCAGCCUGGUUACGGGCGAUGACUUUGGAAUGGUCAAGUUAUUUGACUUCCCCUGUCCAGAAAAGUUUGCAAAACAUAAGCGUUUCCUGGGGCACUCUGCCCAUGUGACCAACAUUCGAUUCACCAGCGGUGACCGCUAUGUGGUUAGUGCAGGAGGAGAUGACUGCAGCUUAUUUGUAUGGAAAUGUGUCCACAUGCCGCACUGA